AAUGGAAGAUUGUGUUUAUACUACAAUUACUGGAGCAGCUGGAAAUGCUGCUUAUUCUUUUAUUCCGUUAUUAGCUCAAGCUAAUCCUUUUGAAAAGCCUAUGUAUCUUUCUCUACUUGGAUCAAAAGGUACUGUAGAAAAGUUAGAGGCAAUUAAAAUGGAAAUAGAAGAUUGCUGUUUCAAUUCUAUUAGAGGAGUAUAUGUGACUGAUGAUCCGGAUAAGGCCUUUGGAAAUAGUCAUUGGAUUAUUAUGAUGGCAUCAAUUGCCAAACCAAAGACAGUACUUGAGCGAAGUUACCUUUUAAAGCAGAAUGUUUUAAUAUUUAGGGAGCACGCAAUAUCCUUAAAUAAAUACGCAAGACAGGAUGCUAAGAUAAUAGUUGUUUCUAAUCCUACUAAUACACUGGCGAUGGUCUGUCGGAAAUUCGCUCCAAAUAUAAAAACAGAAAAUAUAACAUGUAUGAAUAGAAUUGAACACAAUAGAGCUGUGGGUAAGAUUCUAAGAGCUUUUCCAAAUGCCCAUCUCGACUUAAAUAAACUGACUUUAUGGGGAAAUCAUUCAGAGAGUGUUGGAACUGAUGUUAGUCGAAUUGAAUUGCCUUCAUUAUAUGACAUAAAUACCUUCAAAAAAGAUCUUAUUGAGUUUGUCAGAUUCAGGGGACAAAAUGUGCUGAGAGCAAGAGGCGAGCCCAGCUGUUUAUCCGCAGCGAAAGCUGUUCUAGACCAAAUUCAAACUUUAUUGAGGCCAUCAAAAUAUGGCGAAUGGACUACCUUGGGAGUCGAAUCUAAAGGAUACUAUUCCUUUCCCAAGAACCUAUUUUGUUCCUUACCAGUUCAAGUGAAAGAAAAUUCUCAAUUCGAAAUAAUAAAAGAUCUAACAAUACCGAAAGAGUUGGAAGGCUUGUUUCAAACAUCAAUUCAAGAGCUGAUCAACGAGCGUCACUUAGUGGAAGAAGUUUUAAAUAAUAGCGAAUAA